AUGGCUGAUUCCGGUGACCGCAAUGGUCCGAGUGCCAACAACAAACCCGACCGCCCACGUCAGCCCGAAGAAGAGAACCCUUUUAUAGCAUUUUGCCGCUAUGCGGACGAACACUUCGCUUCACUAUUGCAGUCUUUCAUAGGGCUUCCCUCCACUAUUUCACCUCCCACAUCAAGGAAUUGGUUAUACUUCCAGGGACGGGAUCCUGCGCGAAUGUUUCAUCAUCAGAGACUUCAGGCACCCGAAGUUAAGGCUGACAACCAGGAUACACAAUGCAACGGUCGAUGGAAUAAGUCCGAAACAUGUUCCUGUGGCCGUGACGAUUCCAAGAGAACUCCCCACCGUAGCCAAGAUGGCUCUCAAGGCGCUGCGGGGCAUCCGACUGUCCCGUUCGAUCACUGGCUGUUAACUGGGCGCCGUUACUUUGAACAUGAAUUUCCAUCUUCUAUUUUUGAAUCUCCUCUGGAUAGCUUAUGGCCCUUUGAACCUUUUCACCUCUUUCCACUUUUACGCCGUUCCAGUUCUCCGUUCUCCAUCGAUUUAUUGACAUCGUCCAAUUCGCCAGGAUGGCCCAUUCAGUACCUUCUGUUUUCUCCCUACUCUCCACUUCACCUUGAACGUCAGCAGAACAUAGGGCAGAAGCCGCACGAGAACCUUUUAUCCUCGUUAUUCUCUUCAUUGGUCCCCUCCCACAAUACACAUGAAUCUGAAACCCCACACUGGCGGGAGGCGUUCGAAGAUCUAUUGCGCAUAGAGAAUGGCAAAGAUAUGUUGAAUGGCGAUGCAAGGGCGGUCAUCAGAAAAGAAACUCCAAAAGAUUGGAUUUCUGGGAUCAUUGACAGAGGUAGCCUUGGUAAUCGUUGGUCUCACGUCCGAAAGGGACCAAAUGAUUAUUUCAACUACAGGUACAACCGGUCAUACGAUGGUAGUACUUCAAACAAUAUGGAGAUCUCCCAUCCUGAGCCUAUAAAUGAAUCCGAUGAUCGGGAACACGAUAUGCGGGAAGACAAAUGGCUAACGGAACUCGAUCUAUACGAGAAAUUUUUGAACCGCGUGAAUGAACCCUCGGAUGAGGGGACUGUUCCCUUUGUUAGCCCACUGAUGGGAAUGAUAAUUGAAGAUCUGCUAAGACAACGGAAAAAGCUUCUCGAGCAACAGAGCCGAUGGGAGCGGGAGACCGAGAACGAGGCUCACUAUUCCCAGUUCAAAGAUUGUCAGAAGGACCUCGAUCAGCCCGAAAAAAUGACCCAUCCAGAAUCAGAGAUAGAGACAAACAUGCCUAUUUCGAUGCCACAAGCACAAUCCUCUCCAUAUGUCAUUUCCACGAUGACCACAACCGAGCGCAAGACUCUCCCUGACGGUUCUGUCCAGACUACUAUUACUCGGAAACGACGGUUUUCUGAUGAAAACGAAGAAACCAGCGAAACCGUUCAUAUAGAGAACGCCAACCAAACCGUAGCAGAAGGUGAACAGACGAGCCAGAACCGGAAGCAGGAGCCCCUCGAAGUAGCUAACAGACAAAAGAAAGGCGGUUGGUUCUGGAAAGGUUAA